AUGGAGCAUGGAGGUGAUAAUCAUGGAAAAUGGGUUUGGGAGGAGGACAAGAAGUUCGAAAACGCUGUCGCAUUGUUUGCUAAUGAUCCCCCAUCUGAAAUGUUUGUAAAGAUAGCCGGGGAAUUUCCCGGAAGAAGCGUCGAAGAAAUACAAGACCAUUUCUUUGUCCUGAUUCAAGACGUAGAAAAUAUCGACUCCGGAGAUGUCCCACUGCCACCCUACGCCGACGACAACGUCGAGGGGGAGGGAAACCCUGGCGACAGAGGAAAAGCUCCCAUCAGGGACAUCUCUUAUCAGCCUCAAAAGGCUAACAGAGGUGUCCCGUGGACCCCGGAAGAACAUAACCGGUUUCUGGAAGGGUUGGAGAAGUACGGGAGGGGAGACUGGCGAAGCAUUUCGAGGCAUUGCGUGCUGUCAAAAACGCCAACUCAAGUUGCUAGCCAUGCCCAAAAGUAUUUUAGUAAGCUUCAACGAGCUGAAGCUGCUAAGAAUAAUCCGAAGCCGCCAAAGUCUAAGAAAGCCGGCGCCUCUAAACGAACUGGAGCGGCUCCAGCUGAACCUAUUCCCAUUUCUCCUGAUUCGGCUCAGCCUCAGCCGAUUGCUGCCUCUAAUCCUAUGGCUCUGGUCCCUUCAGUACCUUUUAUGGGUACUCUCGUUGAGCAUCAACGUUAUAAUCAGCUGCUAUCUGCUGCUUCUGUGGGUGGUAUGCCUUACGGGCCUUUCUCUGAUCAUCAUCAUGCUUCCAUGGUUGCUGGCUCUAUGCCUCACGAGGUUUUCUCUCAUAAUCAGUUUCCGACUGAUUAUCAUCAUCAUCAUGCUUCCAUGGGUGAUCCUGAUUAUGGUCUGUCUGAGUUGGCUCUGGCUGUUUCUUCCAUGAUUACUCCAACUGUACCGCCACCUUUUGAUCCAAUCUCUCAGCUGACUGUUCCUCCUCCUCCUCCACCUCCUCCUCCUUCAUCCCAAGAUUAUGGUGAUAAUCCCAUGGUUGAUCCUUCUUAUGGAGCUGGUUUCUCUCAUCAAUUUCCUCCUCCAUAA